GAUAUAUUGAUUUCUGGGAAUUGUCGAGCUUUCCUGUCACCAAUAUGAACGUUGCUUUUCAAAUUGUCAUGUUUCUUACAGCCAUAGAGAGAGGAAGAUUCUACCGCGUUCGUUCAUUAAGAAUAUCAAUUUGCCAAUACAAUCGCCUAUUUCGACUUUGCGUUCAAUUUUCAGAUUAAAAAGGGAAUAAUGUUAUUUUUAAGUUUAUCGCUAUGGCAGCAUGAUAAACUUUGAAUGCUUUAUUUGAAAUGUUUAUUUAAAUACUGAGAAACACUGAUACAAAGUGAAAUUGAAAAAGAAAUGUCGCUUUUGUCAAGACAAGGAACGAUGGUCCGGAAGAACCGGAACUCGAUCAAGAGAUCUAUCCGGAAGAAGCCUCCCUCCAUAAAAAGAGAGUCGUCUGCUCCUUCUGUGAAGACCCAGCCGGUCAUAACAGGGAUACAGAAGGAGCACCCCCAGGCAUCCCCUGCCAGGAGUGUCGCCAGUACUGUCGUGUCAUUUGAUGAUGAAAGACGCCUUUGGAACACAUCUGUUGAUUGGCGGACAAGCAGGGGUCAAGGGUCAGACGCAGGUUAUAGUUCUAUUCUCCUGCAGCUAAAAGAAGCAAGUCAUGAUUCUAACAACACAUGCCAAUUUCUGUCACGUAGCAAAAAUAUCAUCUGUCACACAGUAUUCAUAACAGUCCUAGUGGGUGUUUCGUUGACGUUACCAGUUGCCAUGAUUUUCUUAGGUGUGAAGUACAUUAAUGACUGUCCUGUUAAGCGCAGUGUACCUAUCUACCUGCUGGUGGGCGGGUGCUGCGGAAUUCUAAGAAUCCUGGCUACAAUGUGGCGAAACAUGCAGUACAGGCGACAGCUCGACUCCUAUUACGACUCAUACGUACACGAGGGUUUAUACGUCUCUCAAACUUACAGAUUCAUGGACGUGACGCUAACCUUGUUUCUGAUUGGCUGGCUGGUUACCGGAAGUCACUGGGUAUUCGAAGUUUGGGAGCCGCCAUAUUCUCAACCGCUUCAUGAGCCCAGUAAUUGGUGCGAUAGAACUGUGUAUAGAUUUGCUGUGUAUCAAAUUAUAGGAUCCUAUUGUUUUCUGUUUAUAGUUCUAACAGCUAGUUGUGUUUUGACAAUUUACCAUAAAGCCUGUAGUUGAAAACAUUCAGUUUUCUUUUUUUUUAUUUUAUCUAUUUAGUAUAUUCAAAUUUGAUUUGUAUCUAUCAUUUGAUAUUUAUCUUGUUUAAAAAUUGUGUGGGUUUUUAUACAAAAUAAACGUGUUAAUGGGUAUUAUAACAAUUAAAUUUAUUUUGAUACCAAACAAAUGUUACCUAGU